CAGAGUAAAAGUCACGUUGGAAGGAAAAGGGGAGAGAGAUAUCUACUUACAGCUGCUGUCAGAUAUCCGAUCGUGUUCGCAUGGCGAGGAGGUAACCUGAUCGAGCUGGGAGGAGUGACUCGACCAGAGAAGGCUUGAACAAAAAAAAAUGUCUUCUUCUGCCGGAGAGGUCACAACAGCAAAUGACAUCAAGAGGGAAAAUGUGAAAGAGGUGGAUACGCGGGACUGCAUCAAGCUUGUGGCGCUGGACGCGGCGGAGUUGUCCAUGGAGCGCACGACUCCCAACACUGACGCGGUGCGCACGGAGCUGUUGGUGAGCGCCGCUUCCUCUCUGGCUUUCUCCCCGGAGCAAGUGGCGUGCGUCUGUGAGGCAUUGCAGCAGGGAGGCAAUGUGGACCGGCUGGCCAGGUUCCUGUGGUCCCUGCCACAGAGUGACUUGCUACGCGGCAACGAAAGCAUCUUAAAAGCACAGGCCCUCGUUGCUUUUCACCAGGCACGGUAUCAGGAGCUUUAUAGUAUUCUGGAAAACCACAGUUUCAGUCCGUCCAACCACACCUUUCUGCAAGACCUGUGGUACAAGGCCCGGUACACCGAGGCAGAGAAGGCGCGGGGAAGACCCCUGGGCGCCGUGGACAAGUACCGGAUCCGGAGAAAAUACCCUCUUCCCAGGACUAUCUGGGACGGUGAGGAGACUGUUUAUUGUUUCAAGGAGAGGUCCCGAAACGCGCUGAAGGAUCUGUAUAAUCAGAAUAGAUACCCCUCCCCGGCCGAGAAAAGAAAUCUUGCCAAGAUAACAGGACUCUCCUUGACUCAGGUCAGCAACUGGUUCAAAAACAGAAGACAGAGAGACAGAAACCCGUCGGAAGCCCAAUCAAAGAGUGAGUCUGAUGGCAACCACAGCACAGAGGAUGAGUCCAGUAAAGGCCAGGAUGAGCUCUCCCCUCGUCCUCUCUCCAAUUCCUCAGAUGGGGUGAUAACACACGGAAGCCUACCCAUUCAAACAGGACCUCUGGACAGUGGGAUUGUCAUCCAGCAGAUAGGGGACAUCAAGAUGUCCCCUGUAUCGAGCAGUGGUGGCCUCUACAACGGAAGUCUAGCAACCAAUAACACUUCCUCCACUGUGUUCCAUAAUGGUGGCUCAUCUUACCUCCAAUCACCUGGGAACAUGCUGUUCAAUGGCCUCAAUUUGGGCAUACAGCCCUUGGCAUUCAACCCUCUGAGGCCAUCUGGGGGGGUGCUGCUUGGGGGUGCAGGAGCGGACAUGCACAUGCAGUCAGGACAGGAGAAAGGACUGGGCAGUGCUGAUGAGUCCUCCUUGCAGUACUCCUCCUACUCAAGCUGUGUGAAUGGGGCAGAGGUGAAGCUGGAGGGGGUCCACACCAUGGCCGCCCAGAACGGAGGCUCGUCUGUGCUGACGUUCAGCUCGCCAUCAGGUGCCCUGCAGCUGGGGGGCUACAGUCUGGUCCAGGUACCAAGUGGAGUCUCUGACAGUGACGGCAGCUCGUUACUCAACAGUGAUGUGGGUCUUCCCCCACUGCAGCUCUCUUCUGCUUCUUCUCCCUCAUCAAUUACACAACAAGGUAACAUGCCUCUGAAUAAUGUAGCAGCCAGCUCCUCCAGCGAUGACUCGUUUCAGCAGCAGGAGAAGCUGACCAUGACGUCCCUCCACCACAGCACGGUUCUCUAUAGCAUGAGCAACAGCAGUCAGCCGGCCAUCAAGAAGGAGCCCAUAGAAGGGGGGAUGUACUCCUCGUACCACCACGGGCUCCACCUGGACGCCAGCGGUCGGAUCAGCUACACCACUCCCAACUCAGAGGAGAUUUCCUCCAGCCACAGUGCCACCUCCACCUCUGAGGUUCCCGCUGUCAGCUCAUCCAGCCCCGAACCGGAGGUCUACACCACCCUCACCGUCAGCACGCCCCUGAUGGCUCAAACAGACCCCAGCAACCACCACCUCCAGCCCACGGAGUACCUUGGGAGCCACGAGGUGCCACGGGGGGCCCCGUCCUCACACCUGAUGGGGCCUGGCAUGAACAACAACUACAUGAACCUUUCAGAGGGCAAGGUGGACGGCUCGGGGUCAGGGGGCAUGAAUGAUAUGGUGCGAGCAAUGUGCGGGGAGAUCGAGGCGGCAGAGGGAAAGGAGCUAGCCAAACUACAGACAGUGCAGAUGGAUGAGGACAUGACCGACCUCUAGCCUCAAAUCUCACCCAUCACAGGAGCACUCACGUGAACCCAAGCAGCGAUAUGAUGAUUCUUUUUACUGUUUUGUGUGUUUGUGUGUGUGUGUGUGUGUGUGUGUUUUAAACCAUUAAUUUCCUUUAAAUUAUUUGUGUUUAUUUGACUUUUAUGAUGCACUCUAGUCAGAGAGGAGCCCUGUGUGGGGGGGUGGCUUUAUCAGAUGGUCAUGAAAAUUUUUAAAAGCCUCUGACAAGUUUUAAAAUGCCCGUUCGUGAGACGAAACAUGACCGUUAUGAGCUGACAGAAACAGUCGCCACAUUUGUUUGAGCCUCGUUUUAAAUGUGCAUUUUUAUAGACAACACCUGCUACUUCCUGUUGACUGGAUUUGAUCUGCAGAAGCAGGUGUUGGAAUGCCUCGAGUCAUGUGACCAGGAUGUUCCUCCAAACUAAAUGCGUCAUCUGGGUCAAACCAAAAAGGUCAUUCUGAAGGGGGAAGAGGGAGAGAGCUUCGAUGAAAAGUUGUCAGUUAAACAGCUUUACUGAAGGACUGCACACACGUGCAUAGAAUAGGUCAUUAUCUCACAGAGCUGCUGAUUUAGGUAAAAGUGUCCUUCAGUAAGCACUUUAAAUUCUCUGAAUGCCUCUCACGUCAAUGCAAAAUGCUGCUUUACUGCUUUAUAUCAAAUAAAACAAAUUAGGGGUGUUGAAUGUGAGAAAUAAGUAAAGACAAAUGUGCCUUUCUGCUACUUAAAAUCCACAAUGGCAUCGGUCUGUUUUGGCAUUUGCACUACCAUGAUGACAUUACAAUGUUUGAAACAGCCUCUCUGUUGGAGGGUUUGUCCUGCGCGACACACCCCAACAAAUGCACAAUAUCACAGCAACGGCUCCUAUUUUAAGUCUCAUCACCGACCCAUGAGGCCAAGACAUGAAUGAUGUUUGCAAAAUCUGACGUCCUUCAUCGUAUGUUGUUUAUAAUGCUGCAACUCAUAGUAUGUUAACUAGUUGUGAUGAUACUGUACUAUAUUAUGUUUCGUUUUGAUGCAUCUCUCAAAAUGUCAGUGAUCAUGAAUGAUAUUUUUCUAUAAAGACAGAUGCAAACAACUACGGUGUGUAUGCUUUUAAGGGUCCCAAGGAACAAAGGGAAAGGAUUUAAAUGCAACCAAGAAGAUUUUUCAAUAGAGAUCGUAGUUUUUUCUCUUUGCAUGGCAUCAUGGCAUUUCCGACGCAAGUGCCUUUUAUUUUUGUGUGUCUGUAACAUUAAAAGUCAUCUCAGUUGUUGCUCUUGCGUCAGCGCGCGGAAAACUCUACCGGCACAUUUGUCAGCUGUCACAAAGAGAGCAUGAAGCCCAUUUGUCAAGUGUGUCCAGUGCUUUUCACAACACUCGCUGAGGUCCAUGCCGUCAUACAUGACCACAACACCACAUUUAAACCAAGCAGCCAACUCACAUUUACAUAAGAGCGUCCCGUGUUGUCCUGCCGGUGGAAAUGACACUUUUCCUUGUCCAGACAUUUGAGUGGACCUUUCAGUGAAAGACUCCAUAGUGCUUUAACAAUAUGAGUUUAAAAAAAGAUGAGCAAAAAGUAACAUUUUGUUUGCAUUUGUUUUUUUGAAGCUAUAGUUUGAAUUUAUGUGUUUGUUAUCUGAAAUUAUGUAAAUGUAUUUUUCUAAAUCUCCAUACUGCA